GAGAUACCAUGAAAGAAUCUGGAUGUCAUGAAGGAAGAAAUCUUCAGGCAGAGGAAGCGGCUACUGAGAUUACUAGGAAGCUGGAGAAACAGGAGAAGAAAUGCUUAAAGAAGGAAAAGAAACAGCUGGUUGCACUUGCCCUCACAUCUUCAGAAAACAGCAAUAGUACUCCAGAGGAGUGUGAGGAGACGAGUGAAAAACCCAAAAAGAAGAAAAAGCAGAAGCCCCAGGAGGUUCCUCAUGAGAAUGGAAUGGAAGACCCAUCUAUCUCUUUCUCCAAACCCAAGAAAAAGAAAUCUUUUUCCAAGGAGGAGUUGAUGAGUAGUGAUCUUGAAGAGACCGCUGGCAGCACCAGUCUUCCCAAGAGGAAGAAGUCUUCACCCAAGGAGGAAACAGUUAAUGACCCCGAAGAGGCAGGCCACAGAAGUGGCUCCAAGAAAAAGAGGAAAUUCUCCAAAAAGGAUCCAGUCAGCAGUGGGCCUGAAGAGGCAGCUGGUAAGAGAAGCUCCAAGAAGAAGAAAAAGUUCCAUAAAGCAUCCCAGGAAGAUUAG